UCAGCACCUCUUGUCGCCACGCAACACAGCCAAAGAUGAGCCACAGAACCAUCGUCUCCUCCUCACCGCUUCCAACCCCUUACCGCAAAGAUUCAAUUCGCAGAGGAACCAAGAGCCCAAAGCUCCCAGCUAGCUAGCUGAAAUGGCUCUCGCCCACCAGAUCACCAACCAGCCGCUCCUCUCCUCCCCGCCGUGCCUCGCAAGAACCAACGGUAGCAAUGCGCGGAUGGCGAGGACGGCGUUUCUUGGCCACAGCUGCUGCCUGAAGCUUCGGGAUACGGCGAUGAGAUGCGUCGUCGUCCGCGCGUCUUCGUCAGCGCAGGCGGAGCCCAAGUCCGGAGGUGGGGACGGGGAUGGAGGCCAGGAGCCUUACGAGGAGUACGAAGUGGAGAUCCUGAAGCCGUACGGGCUCAAGUUCGCCAAGGGCCGCGACGGCGGCACCUACAUCGAGGCCAUCUUCCCCGGCUCAUCCGCCGAGCAGACCGGCAAGUUCACCGUCGGCGACAAGGUUAUUGCCACCAGCGCCGUCUUUGGAGAGGAAAUCUGGCCGGCGGCAGGGUACGGCCAGACCAUGUACUGCAUCCGCCAGAGAGUUGGCCCUCUCUACAUGAAGAUGCAGAAGAAAUUUGGGAAAUGGGAUGGUGCUGCUGAGCUCUCUGACAAGGAGGUCAUCAGGGCUGAAAGGAACACCGGAAAUGUCAGCACUAAACUCAGAGAGAUUCAGAUGCAAAAUUACCAGAAGAAGAUGGAGCAGGAGAUCCAAAGAGAAGAUGACCUUCGCAUGGGGCUAAAGCUGUACAAGGAUGGAAAAUACGAGGACGCGUUGGAGAAGUUCGAGUCGGUGCUGGGGUCAAAACCAGAGAUUGAUGAAGCUUCCGUAGCCAGCUACAAUGUCGCCUGCUGUUAUUCGAAGCUCGACCGGAUACAAGCUGGCCUUUCUGCACUUGAAGAAGCGAUGAAGGCAGGCUAUGAAGACUUCAAGAGGAUUCGCACCGACCCGGAUUUAGCAAACUUGAGGAACUCGGAGGAGUUCGCCACCCUACUAAACAAGUACGAUGAAUCAUUUAUCAACGAGAACGCCAUCAAUGCUAUCAAAUCCAUAUUUGGAUUCGGUAAGAAGUGAUGACCUCCUAUCGAUUGCACACAUCUACUUGGUCUUGCUUGUGGGAGAGAAGAGGAGCCCACCUUGUCUUGUGGGAGAGAAGAGGAGUAAUGCACUUACCAAAUAAGGUUAAACCAGGGCAGGUCAUCUCUAUUGAAGAAUUUAUGCAGAUUCUUCAUCACGAGAGCUUUAUUAUGAUCAAUUUCCAAGCCUCCCUGCAACUUUGGUUAACCGAUUCAUGGAAAUAUUAUCUCAAACAGUGGCUUGAAGUAACUAGAAUCAGAGCAAAGCAAGAUAAGGCUGAUUUGAUCAACACUUGGAUAGCACAAAACUUGUAAUUUUCUUCUAUGUUUCACAAAACUGGUAUUGGGUGAUUCUCUGUGUUGAAAUAUAUAGCCCACCUCCCUUUAUCA